CCGAGCGGAGCUUGAGCAGGCCGCCGCCAGAAGGAUCAUAUUUAAAGGCGCCAUAUUGAUUUUUAUAAUGUUUGGAUAGGUGUGGUUGGGGAUGGAGGUUGCUCAGAGGAAAUCGGGGAAAAUGGAAUGACUCUUGAAGUCAAAGCACCCUAUUCAACCCUGCCAUAUGAUGCUUUGGCGUGAACCAUUCCGUGGAGAGGAAGCCAGUAUGACGUAAGACAUUCAUGAAGAAGCCACCAGACUGAGAGUGUGAGGAGGGCCCAGCCUCGGGAGUUUUGUGUUGAGGGUGGUAGAGGGCGGGAUAUGAGCACUUGGACAGAAAGGAUGCAACGACGAGCUGCCACCCUGGGCAAUGUGGUCACCGCCUGUGGCCAUCCCACCGUACCAUACCCUCGCAGGCUCGAAAAACAACUUCUCGGUAUACACAAUUGCGUCCGUCCUCAAGAAAUUUCUCCGGAAGCUUCCUGAGGGCAUUUUUGGGCGCGAGGGUGAGCAGGAGCUGUUUUCGAUCAUCCAGCUGUCAGACACAGAGCAGCAGCGCGACCACAUCCACCGCCUCAUCACUUCAAUGCCAGUCGUCACUCAACACCUCCUGGUCCUGCUCUUCGGCACCUUUCGGAACGCCACAAGAGCACAGACAGGGAUGACGUCGGAGGCUUUGGGUGUGUCGGUUGCGCCCUCCUUCUUCCAGUCGUGCGUGGCAGAUGGCAAGACGGCACGCAUGGAAGACGUCAUGCGCUUCAAGGCCAGCGUUCUAUUGAAGCAGAAAAAACCUGGCUUCAGUAUGAGUCGGAGCGCUGGGGCCUCAAGUUCAACCUUGAAGCAAUGGCUGGGCAGGAGGAAUCACAGUCGACACCAGCCCUGAUCCACAUCCCAGAGAGCACCAGUGGCUUACCGUUGGUAGGUGGGGGGAGCAGUGAGAUGGGAGCAGUAGGUGGGGGUGGAGACCCACUAGCUGGUGUGCCAGAAAAUAACUUGAGGGAAUCGUGUACCCGGCUUUCUAUAUCGCUUGAAGAGAAUGGAUUGUACAAGGGUAAUGGGGAGGACCUCAGCAGCGGCAGUUCCCACUCCGCUCUUCACAUGACGUUGGAUGAGCUGCGGCAAGUCAACCGCUACGCAGAGAGUACCAAGAGCCUUUCCUACCUGCCACAGGUACACGAGAGACAGACAGAACGAAUGCGCACAAGGAGCGAGUGGUUCCUGUCACACUCCCCGCAUGGAACUCCUCUCACACCAGUGGAUGUGGAGUGUCAGCCUCAUGCAGUUUAUAUUCUCCGAUCUGGCUCAAUCAAUCGGCCUCCCUCAGGUGGAGGCAGCAGUGAAAACGUGGGAAGCUCAGUGAGACGGACCUCAAGCAAGGACAAGGACAGGAAAUUGGUCCGGCGAUCCUCGAGCAAGAAGGACAAGGAGAAUGGUCAGAAGGGUUCAAGGGGAAGGUCAUCAAGCGCAGAUGUGAAGACCCCUCCGCAUGCGGGAGACUAUAUGUCAAGCCCACGCAGGAGAGCAACGCCGCCUGUACCUGACCCUUCCCCUUCCCUCACGGACCAUGACUGCACAGAGACUGAUGUCCAGAGAGUGCAUGUCUCCCUCACCUAUAAGCCGAGGAUAUGAGGCCAAGAAAAGGACAGGGUGGAAAAGGGGCUCAUCAUUCAAGUAAGGUGUCACCAUCCGCCAGAUCAUCUCGAUUGCGAAAGCCAAGGGGAAGUCGCCGAUGGAGAGGUGGUGGAUAAUGGUUUUCACUUGCUUGACACAUCCAUAGGCACUGCCAUGAUAUCAUCACCUUCUGGAGAGGAAGUGGAGGCAUCUGCUGCUUUUUGUCAUCUAUACCACUGGUUGACUCAGGAUAAGGGGGCAGCUGUUGAAACUAUCUUCAUGUGAAUCCAAGACUUAUGAAUGUACUCAGUUGUAUGUGCAAGCAGUGAAUAAUUAAAAAUUAUGUUCAACCAAGGAUCAAAAUAUGUUAAAAUCGUCCUUCAUCCAGUAUUGUCUGACAGUUUGUGAGUUCUGGCCACAUUUGCCCUCCUACUGCCAUGGGACUUGUGUAGCAUUAAGUUUUUGAUGACCAAGGCUCUUGAGUUAAGAUGUUGGUGUGCGUCCAAAGUACAAAUGAGCUUGAGGUUCCCAGGUCAUGACAUGGACUGGUUGUGAUACAGAGAAACACAUUGUUGGAUCUUGCUAGUCAUGCCACCGCCAAAGAAUUGUAGCACAGAUUGCAGUGGUUCCAGUCCUGCUUUGAUAGCAUCUACCAUUCACAAAAUAAUUUUCAAGUACAAGUGACCAAGGCUUUAACUGCUGGUACCACCUUUCACAUGUGAUUCGGCUGUCUCAUGUUACAGCAACCUCAAGUCCACAAGCAGACAUGACCUUAGCCAACAGAAUGACGUGCCUGGCUGUUGUAUUGCUCUUUUGACUCCAGUCCUUGAGAAGGGACUCCGUAUGUGUACCUGUCUAGAUACUUCUUGCUUCUCAAUGUGCGGGCAUCCACUGGGAAGCAGCACAUUCCAUUGUACAUGUCACAAAAUUUGGACCUCAUGUCUGAUCUGCUGGCACAAGAGCUAGCCUAAAGUGUGAGGUUGAAAACCAAAGUGAACUGGAAAAAGCAGAGCCAAAGUUAAUUGAAUUGUCCAUACACAUGCUGUUGACUGGGUCAGUGUAUGCAAACAUUCCGUCUGAAUCUGGAGAUUAGGUAGAGGAUAUGUUUCCUGUGCAUAUAAACUGUGUAUCCAAGAUUUGCCACCUCCUCUGCACAUGUCCAGUCUUUUACCAAUGUGUGCUCAUUUAGUCAUUUCUGAUAAAGACUGUCAAUCUAAAUAAUGACUAAGUAGAACUUGAGUGGAUAAGUUUUCUUGAUCAUGGUAUUGCUUGAAGAUAUGAAAGUUUACAAGUGUCUCUGUUUGCUGUUGAUUAUUAUAAAAAAAAAAAUAAAAAAGAUGUAUGCAGUAAAUUGUGUGUUCCUCCCGGGGAUAUGUAGCGGAGGUGGUGGUGAAAAGUGGUGUAUGUGUCAAGGUAUGAUCCAGUGGAGGGACCCUAGAUAUCAGUAUCACUGCAAGGCUCAAGAAAUACUCUCUUCUAGGCCUGCCACACCUCACUAGGCAGGAUGCCCAAAUGUGCACGUUUUCACUGGAGUAAAAUUUAAACUGCAACGGCUGUCCACCCCUGUUUUCUGAUGCGAGCCUCCACACUGCCAGCAUGGUGAAUGUGUAGGGUUUAUAAUUUUUUCAGAAACAUUUUUAUCAUUGGAAAUGCAUAGGGGACCUAUCAACUUUGAUAAACACUGCCAUUAGCAACACCCCAGGGACAAAGAAACGUCGUUUAGUGAAUGUAGGAUGACCACUUAGUAAGAACUGAUAAUCAAUACUGCCCAGAAAUUGGUGAUGGCUGGCAGGCCACUAAAGUG